AUGAACCCCUACAUUUUAGCCACCUUAUUAUUUGGCCUAGGCCUAGGGACCACAAUUACAUUUGCAAGCUCCCAUUGACUUCUAGCCUGAAUAGGCUUAGAAAUCAAUACUCUUGCCAUUAUUCCCCUUAUGGCCCAACACCACCACCCCCGCGCAGUUGAAGCUACCACCAAAUAUUUCCUCACCCAAGCAACAGCAGCCGCUACACUACUAUUUGCAGGAACUACAAAUGCCUGACUUACAGGCCAAUGAGACAUCCAACAACUACAUCACCCUAUCCCUACAAUUAUGAUCACCACUGCCCUUGCAUUAAAAAUUGGCAUCGCCCCCCUUCACUCCUGGUUGCCUGAAGUCCUUCAAGGGCUUGAUCUUACCACGGGGCUCAUUCUUUCUACUUGACAAAAACUUGCCCCCUUCAUUCUUUUAAUCCAAAUUCAGCCUACCAGCCCAAAUAUUCUAAUGAUGCUGGGCCUUAUUUCUGUCCUAGUAGGAGGGUGAGGAGGACUAAACCAAACUCAACUCCGAAAAAUUUUAGCCUAUUCCUCAAUCGCCCACCUAGGAUGGAUAUUACUAGUCAUACAAUUUUCACCUUCACUUUCAUUCCUAACUCUUAUUACAUAUUUUAUCAUAACAUCCUCAACAUUCCUUGUUUUUAAACUAAACAAAUCAACCAGCAUCAAUGCACUUGCAACCUCAUGAGCAAAAGCCCCUAUAAUCACGACCCUGGCACCCCUGGUUCUACUAUCCCUAGGAGGGCUCCCCCCAUUAACCGGUUUCAUGCCAAAAUGACUAAUUCUUCAAGAACUAACCAAACAAAGCUUUGCCCUCCCCGCUACAGUAGCCGCUCUGGCGGCUCUCCUCAGCCUAUACUUCUACCUCCGACUUUCUUACGCAAUGACCUUAACCUCAUCUGCCAAUAAUCUGACAGGAAUUACCCCCUGACGACUCCCCUCAUCACAACUAACCCUGCCCCUUGCAAUUUCUACUAUUGCUACCGUAUCCCUCUUACCAUUAACCCCCGCCAUAACUGCCCUCCUAACCCUUUA